AUGAAGUUCGCCCGAAUCGCCCUCGUUUCUCUCGCCGCUCUGGCCGCUGCCCAGGACAACAAGAAGGCCGAUGGCCAGAACCCCAUCUCGUCUCCCGGUGCCAACACCAAGAUUUCUCCCGGUGAGAACUUCUACAUCACCUGGGUGGCCGACCCCGCCAUCCAGGCCAUCACCCUGUCUCUGGUGAAGGACGGACAGAAGGUUCUUGAUAUCGCUCCCGGACAGGCCAACGACGGAAAGUUCACCUGGCCCGUCCCCUACGACCUUGAGGCCGGCUCCGACUACUCCAUCGAGAUCACCACCUUCAACGGCGACAACGUCAACUACUCCCCCAACUUCACCAUCACCGACCGAGACGAGUCGCUGCAGAACCAGAUCCAGAACCCCAACGCCCACGGUCUGGUCGCCUCCGAGUCUGGAGGAACCGAGGCUGCCGCUUCUGCCUACACCUGGUCCGACGAGGUCAACACCAAGACUGCCGGUGUCUUUGCUUCCACCACUGGAUCUGCUUCAGGCUCUGCUGCCUCUGGCUCCGCCUCCGGCUCUGGCUCCGCUACUGGCUCCAACUCUGGCUCCGCUACUGGCUCUGCUACUGGCUCCGAGUCCGGUUCUGCUUCCGCCACCUCUGCUGCUGAUGCUUCCAGCUCCGCUUCUGCAUCUGGUUCUGACGCCUCCGGCUCGGCUUCUGGCUCGGCAACUCAGGAUUCUGAUGCCUCUUCUACGGGCGAUGCUUCUGGAUCCGCCUCUGCCACUGGCUCUGCUUCCGGCUCUGCCACUGGCUCUGCUUCCGGCUCUGCUUCUGACGGCGCUUCUUCCGGCUCGAACGGCUCUUCUGCCUCCGGAUCUGGCUCCAACGGUUCUGGAUCUGCCUCUGCCACUGCUUCCGGCUCCGGUUCCAACGGCUCCUCUUCUCUGGCUGCCUCUGCCACUUCUGCUGCCGCCUCUUCUUCUCCUUCCGCCACUUCUUCUCAGAACCAGAACGGAGCCGGUUCUCUCCAGGGCUCCAUCGCUCUCGUUCUUGCUGCCGGUGUUGCCGCUCAGCUUCUUUAA